UCUGACUCCACCCUGAGCCUUUUUGUGUCCGGGGGCAACGCUUUCUCUUCUGGUCGAUACAAGCAGGAUUAGGGGAUGAAAGAAAAGGUGUGUGUACGAGUGCAGUGCAGCCUUGGAUCCAUCGUGGAACCACAGUCCGCCCAGGCGCCCAGGCCUCAGGCCGGAGAUGCUCCACACCAGUAACUACUCUCUGGUAUUAUUGAUUCAGCUCAGCCUGCUCUUCUUUGACCUGUUCGUCAACUCCUUCAGCGAGCUGCUAAGGGCUGAACCGACUGUCCAGCUAGUACUUUUCAUUACCCAGGACAUUGCAAUCCUGUUUAACAUGAUCAUCAUUCUGUUGAUGCUGUUUAACACCUACGUUUUCCAGGUUGGCCUGGUAGCCAUAUUGCUGGAGCGAUUUAGAGCUCUGCUAAUGUUUUCUGCCCUCUACCUGACCUUCAGUAUCAUACUGCACUCCUGGCUUAUGAAUCUGCGUUGGCUAAAUAGCAACAGAUUUAUUUGGACAGAUGGUCUUCAGGUGCUGUUUGUCUUCCAAAGAGCCACUUCUGUGUUAUACUACUACUUCUACAAGCGGACCUCAGAGUAUCUGGGUGAUCCACGCCUCUAUGAGGAUUCACCAUGGCUGCGAGACACCUUUGCCCGAGUCAGACAGUGAUCUCACUGCAACAGCAAACAACUGGUUUAAAAUGGCACUGUAAGAAAGUUGUCUAUAUGGAAAGCAAGUAUCACAAUAAAGGUUACAUUAGAAAUUGCAUGCAGCGGAAAAAAAAAACUGGCCAGUAUAAUAGAAUGUGGAUUAAAAGUACAGGAAAUGUAUUUGCAAAG